GCUGGCGUUUCUAUUAAAACUGGGCUGCUCCAUGGCUGGUCUAUGGCGCCGGAAGAGGAAAAGGUGGAGUUCCUCAGAGAGGCAGAGCCAGUAAAGCCACCCCCUGCGGAGCAAGAGCGCACGCUGCUGGGCGAGCUGCUCUUCCUGCGGGUUUGGCACCGCCUACGGGGCGCCGAGCAGCCGCUGGCCCUCAGCUCCAAGGUGGUGGGCAUGCUACUGCAGCUGCCCACUGCGGAGCUUCAGAAGCUUCUGGCCGCCGGCUUCCAGCAGAGACUGCUGGAGGCCUUGAAGGUCCUAGGCAUUACAGCUCUACCAAGCCCGGAUGGAGCCAAGGAGGCAGCAGAGGCGCUGCCCGUGCCGCCGCCACAGCGGCAAGCGGAGCUCCUGUACCUGGCUUUGCUCGGCAUCUCCGUGGACCCGCGGCUCUGCGGAUCCGUGGCCGCCAAGUUGGCGCAAAACCUGGGGCCCCAUUGCCUGGCCUGCCUCGCCGACGAGAAAAAGCUUCGGGCAGCGCUGAAGUCCCUGACCAAGACCUGGGAGCGCGAGCUGCAGGAGCAGCAAAGCGCACAGUCGCUGCUGGUGGAGUUUGAGGGAGCAGCGCCGGUGGAGAGGGCGCAGCUGCUUGCAGGUGAUGCUGGCAAGGCGAAGGCGACCCAACUGCUGCGGAGCGCGCUGAAGGUCGCCGCGAAGCCGGAGGUGCCAGGAUGGAAGGUUGCGAAAGCAUUGCUGGCCGGUGGUCACAAGCUUCCGUCACCGCUGGUCGCUUUGCUUGAGCAGUGCAAAGUGCCUCGCGCUGAGCUCGUGGCCCUUGGCGCACGCCUAGGUGCCCCCCCUUCAGAGCGCCCAGAUCGUCGCGCCAGGUCCGCGCAGCCUCCGGCAGGCCGCGAGAGGGGCGCCCGCCGCAAAAGCGCUGACGCGCGCCUCCGGAAGGAUCCAGGCGUGGCAGGUCGAGGGGCGCCGACGCCGCAGCCCUCCAAGCCGAAGCCGCAGAUCUCCGAGCCGAAGGCGGAGCCCAAGGCGGAGCCCAAGGCGGAGCCGAGGCUGCCGCCUUCUCUUCGCACCCCGGGCCCCCGACCCGCAACCAGUGCCGACGUCGAGCGCCCGGCGGAUGCGCCCACGGCGCGCGGCGCGGCCGGCGCGGGCGCAGCGGCGGCCAGCGCUCCGAGUGUCGGAGGUGCGACGAGUACCGUUGCCCAGGCCGAGCCUUCCGUGAAGGCACGCCCGACGGAGAAGGUGGAUGAGGCCCGAAGUGCUGCUCGCGAGGAGAACAAGAAGGCAAAGCGCAAGGGCCACAUGUGGUCCCCCAUGACGGACGCUUUUGAGGUGGCCAAAGCCAAGUUGCCCGAGAAGGCGACGGAGGACACCAAGGAGCCAAAAGACUCAAAGGCGCCGUCGGGCCAAAAGUCGAAGGAUGGAAAGGAGCGAGGUGCGGUGCCUCAGCACGAGCUGUAUCUGGAGCUGCAGGCCAUCGCAGAGUCCAAGCUGAAGGCUGUGGAAGACGAGAACUUUGAGCUCGCGCAGAGGCUGAAGCAGGAAGAGCAGGAGCUUCAAAAGCUGUGCACCACCAAGUCGUGGGCGGCGCUGGUGGGGCCACCUACUGUCCAACCUCCUCGAGGCCAGCAGCGAGGCGCGGCCGCGCCCCGGCCGACGCCGGCGCCGCAGCCUUCGGGGCCGCAGCCUUCGGGGCCGGGGAAGCUGGUCUUCGUGCUCACGGCGCCAGGCGAGCUUACGGCGGAAUCCUUCAAGCCCACGGCCACCCAUGUGGCGCGGCGCGACGCCUUGGCGCGCAUCGCGACUGCCGCCUUGUGGCGGGGGCGCGGACUUCCCUGGGACGACGUGCACGAGAUUGUGUUCAUCUUCGAGGACUACCGGGCACUGCACAUAUCGGGCCGCGUCGUUGCCAGCUGUCCAGUUCCCUCGGAGUACCACCUCAUCAUGGUGCUGCAAAGGGCCUUGGAGGGCUCCGCGCUUCCAGGUCUUCGGAUUUCACCACCGGACCGCGAGAGGUUCCUUGGGGGCCACAUCGACGACACGGUGGCCAAGUAUGCUCGGACUGGAUGCAAUGUGGUUCUGCUGCACGAGGCUUACCCACAGAGCCUGGGACUCUACGACGGGCUUGAUACAGGUGCACCUUCCAAGCGCUCGCUCCUCUUCUUCCUGGGCGCCGUCAAAGACAUGACGCCAGAGGAGACCCGUGCUGUGCAGCGUGCCUGCCGCAACCACGAGGUGCCCUGCGUUGAGGCGAACUUGGGCCAGCAGGCUGAGUUCACUUCCAAGAUUAUCGACGUACUACACGGCCACCACUUGUACGGCCGCCUGGGUCCAGCGGUGGCCCGGUGCGCGCGGCAGCGCUUCGAGACGCCUGCGCCGGGGCCACCCCCUACGGGGCUCUUCUGGGUCUUCGUGCCGAUGGGGGGGUCGGCCAGAGAUCCCGUGGCGGAUGACAAAAAGAAGGACGGCCAGUACGAGAUCCCGCGCUGCUGCAUCUCUCAGCUCUGGUGCUCGAAAAGUGAGCAUCGCUGCCAUGCGCUGUCCUUUGUGUACCCCGGGGGAGAGGUGGUCACGGUGAAGCCCUCCUUGGUCACCUGCCUGAAGCUUCAGCACCGCGCCGCGCCCACGGAGCGGAACCUCAUCUCCGCGCUGCGGGUGGCGCUGGGCGACUGGAAGGCGGACCCAAGCCUCUCCGUGGACGAGGGCUGCGUGACUUUGGGGGACGCCGGCAAUGUGACCAAGGGCAGCGAGCCGCUGCUCCCCGCGCGCACAGCGCUGGUGGACCUGGAAGUAGGCGGCGCAGGGCCCCAACUGGAGCCAUACGCCGACCUUGGCAGCCGGAAGGGUCUCCGGGAUGUGGUCCUGUUGCUACACCAGAGCGGCGGCAGGGACUUUCCCAGAAACUUCCGACAGCAGCUGCUGCAAGGUCUCUUCGCAAAGAGCACGAAGAGGACCUGGGCGCAGCUGAGCAUGCCCCGCCUCAGCAUCCAUGGUGCCAUCUCCUUGCUGGGCCACUACUGGGACACCCGCGCUUUGACUCGGGCGCUGGAGCGGGCAGGUACGGAUGAAGGCCACGAGAAGGCAAAGGCCGAGUCGUCCGAGCCAGGCUUCAGGAUCCUCCAGCGGAAGGACAAGGAGCCCGACCCCGGCGGCGAGCCGGGCUGGACACGCCAAGGUCGAAAACACAAACGCGCAGCGGACGCGGCGGCGGCAAGCGAAGCUUCAGCAGCGGAUUCCAAGGCGCCGGCCGGAGAAGAAGAACCGGCGGCCGUGAUUUCAAAAGCUGCGGCUCCAAAGGAGUUCGAGUCGCCAAGCCGAAGUUCGCGUGGCCGGGAAGAGAAGGUUCCCAAGGAGUCCGAGUCGCCAAGCCGAAGUUCGCGUGGCCGGGAAGAGAAGGUUCCCAAGGAGCUCCGAGUCGCCAAGCCGAAGUUCGCGUGGCCGGGAAGAGAAGGUUCCCAAGGAGCUCCGAGUCGCCAAGCCGAAGUUCGCGUGGCCGGGAAGAGAAGGUUCCCAAGGAGCUCCGAGUCGCCAAGCCGAAGUUCGCGUGGCCGGGAAGAGAAGGUUCCCAAGGAGCUCCGAGUCGCCAAGCCGAAGUUCGCGCGGCCGGGAAGAGAAGGUUCCCAAGGAGCCCGGUGUCUCCAUCCCGCGAAAGUCCAUCGCAUCAGGCGAAACUGCUUCGAGGCACCCCCACAGCAUGGGAGGAGCUGCUGAGCAGUGAUGAGGAGUCCCAUGAAGCG